AUGGUCCACAACAUCAAACUUUACAACGGCCGGUACCACCACGAUGACUUCGUGGAUGCCACCAUCGAGACCCCGUUUGCGACGUUCGAGACCGAUUCUGAGGGACUCACCUACAGGUCUGGAGUCGACAAGAAAGCGAUCUCCGGAGACUCUCUCUCCAUCGCCGUCACCCAGACCGGCGUGAGCGUCGACGGCAAGGACCUCAAAUUGUCAAGGCUCAACAAUGUCCAGGACGGUGUCAAGAUCAUUACCGAAAACCAUUCCGCUCGCCGCGAUGGGGGCUCUGGGGAUACCAGUACUUCCUAUUAUCAUUCACCAGGCAGCCCGCUAGAUCCGGAGCAGCAGACAAGGUUCGACGAAGGGAUGCAGAAUCUGUGGGACGGCUUAGGCCGGAUGGGCGGGGGCUUCGGGUUUGGGACUGGGGCGUGGCCAGGGAUGAAUACUGGAGGAUGGGGCGCCGGGCGCCGGGGAGGUAUGAAUCGGAAGACGACGAAGUCUCGCACCUUCACGUCUGGUACCUCUGCUCAACACGGCCAUGUCUACCAAGAAGGGAGCGACUUUUCCAACAUUUCGGGCAACAAUGGGAUCAUGAUCGGGAACAUACAUACCACGACUGGAGGAUCUGCUUCUCAGCCCAUGACUGCCGAUCAGCGAGCAGAUUUCCGAAAACUCAUGGAUGGUGUGCGGAAGGUGACAAGAGGGGCGGCAAGUCUAGCUGCAAGUGUCAACGGCCACAACGGGCAAACAGGCAGACGGAGGGGACAGGGCUCCAGGGGCGGUCCUACCCACACCUUCGGAUCGGUCCAAACCAAUUACUUUGGCACGAACGUCCACGACGCGGAUGAUGGCGAUGAUGACGACGAUGACGGAUGGUCCUACGAGGACUUCGACGACGAUGACGACGUGCUGGACACUGACGAAGAAGAUGCGCCCUCUCAGAGACCGCCAGUACCGACACAGAAGUUCAAGAGCUAG